AUGUCGGCAUCGCGCAUGGUCUUCAAGAUCACCGUCCUCGGCGACGGUGGUGUUGGUAAGACAGCACUCACAGUCCAGUUCACCAUGUCCUCGUUUGUCGAGACCUACGACCCUACCAUCGAGGACUGUUAUCGCAAGCAGUGGGUGGUCGACGAACAGCCCUGCUUGCUCGAGGUCCUCGACACGGCCGGACAAGAGGAGUACACGGCUCUCCGGGAUCAGUGGAUCCGCGAUGGUGAGGGCUUCAUUGUCGUCUACUCGAUUGCAUCCCGGUCAACGUUCGACCGCGUGGAGAAGAUUGUCGAACGUGUCAUGCUGGUCAAGGAGGAGGCGACGCACGCAGCUUCCGACCCCUACGGCCGUUCACCAGCCGCCCGUGCCCCGCCUAGUGCGGUUCGUGCACGCACACCCAUUGUGAUUGUCGGCAACAAGCGCGACCAGUUCAACGACCGCGAGGUGUCUACAGAGGAAGGACGCGCGCUCGCCCAGCAGCUCGGAUGCGAGUUCUUCGAGACCUCGGCCAGGCUUAACCAGAACGUCGAGCCGGCAUUCAAGGCGCUCGUCCGCCAGAUCAAGAUUGCCAAGCGUGGUCCCGAGGCCGCACCGACAGCGUCUGGCGCGCCCUCACCCAAGCAGAAGAAGCACAAGAAGUGUGUCGUGUUGUAA